GGGCUAAUUAUUGAAUUUCUGUGCCUGAAUCCCCUCCCUUCAUGUAAAAAGGGAGCGGUCUCUCGUCUCGUCCAAAAAGGAAGGGGGAGGGAGAGAGAGGGAGAGAGGAAUAGUGAUCUCUCCUCAAACACUUUCUUUCCCGUGACUUACCUUAAAUUGUGAAGGAAGGAAGAAAAGUACCCCCUUCCAAACCCCAAAUUAUCGAUAUCCGAACCAAUAUGCAACCCAGUCUUAUUCGAGGGCUCUUGCUAGCAGCCUGGUCUGCGGAUCUCGUAGCAGCCAAGACGAUCAAGAUCGAGGCAGGCGAUGUCUACUUCGACCCGGUGAAUGUCAACGCUUCCGUCGGGGACGUCUUGGAGUUCCAUUUCCUCCCGCACAACCACAGCGUGGUCAUGGGCGACCUGAGCAGUGCGUGCCAGCCUGCUGCGACGGGCGGGUUCUACUCGGGCUUCCUACCCGCCUCAAGCGGUGAAAAUGUGAGCAAACCUGCGCAGUGGCAGCGAGGAUCUAUAGCCAUGGCGGCUCGGCAUGAGCACGAGACUGACACAUAGCGAGCACCUCAGGCCAAGGUUUUUCAGGUUACCAUCAACGACACAAACCCGAUCGUCUACUACUGUUCGCAGAACGCCUCUCACCACAACCACUGUCAGGACGGCAUGUUUGGCUUCGUCAACCAGCCAAGCGAGACGGCGAUGGCCAUGUACAAAGCCACGGCGGGAAAUAGCAGCAUCAACAUCUCACCAGACACGGGCGUAUUUGGCGGUACAUUCAAGGCCAACGCCAACCUUAAUGCAACCACAAACUCAACGAUGACCAGCAGGCCCUCGACUAGGACUGCCUCAUCCACCGCAACUGCUUCGACACACUCGAAAGCUUCAACGGCUGCAUCUGCCUCGACGGCUGCAUCCAGCUCAAGCACUGGAUCGCCAAAGGACAGUGCAGGGGCUGCGAUAGCUGGAAGCGGCCUUCUGGCUCUCUUGAUGGCGGCAGUAAUGGCUUAGAUUUUUGGCAUCCUAUUGCACCAGGGAGAAUGGAAAUUGGCAGGCGGCAACCGGUAAGGAGGGAGCUCUGUGACCGUGUGCCUUGAAACCUUGCAUGCUGCGGGCGACUCGGAUUGGCUUGUGUGAACGGGUCCUGUUCGUUUUAAUUGAGACGGUCUAGAAAGUGUAUAGCAAUGGAUUCAGCUUUUAGGAGAGCAAGGGGCUCGUGCCAAUGUCAUACCACACAGGUGACAACUCGAGGAAGAUGGCUUGGACGAGUGAGAAAGCUCUCAGUUCUGUGGAUGGAUGACGUGAUGGCGUUGAAAGAUGUAUUUCUUG